CGGGCGAUGGUGCAGCAGAAAUCCAAGGAGCUCGAGGCCAAGCUGGCCCCUUGCCAGUAUGCGGUUGGGGUGGCGUCCGGCUCCAAGAAACUCAUCGCGGCCGUGCGCACGUUCCUGUCGGCCGGCGAAUCCGACAAGCAACGCGUGCUCCUUAGUCUGGACGCCAAGAACGCCUUCAACUCGAUGAGCCGGCAGGCCAUCCUCGAGGGUGUCGAUCGCCUCAUCCCCGACCUGACGCAGUACUUCCUGCAGUGGUACGGCGAGCCAGCGGAGCUAUGGUCUCACCACGAGAAGGGCUACACCUGCAAGGUGCUGAGCCAGGAAGGGGCACAGCAAGGUGGCUCUGAGGGGCCGGCGUGA